AUGGGCGUUUCCUCUUCUCAGCCUUUCCCCAGCUCGCAAGAUCCUGUCCUCAGCUCGAACACGGCCAAAAACGUCACAACUCCCAGCCUCGCCGAACGCGUGCCCCGCUGUACUCCUACCAUGGACGACGAGGCAGCUUCGCAACAGCUCAUGAGCGAAGCUCGCGCUCUUCACACGACGGACCACGACGGACCCGCAAUCCCACUGUUGCUCGACGGAGCUUCACAAGACACAAUCACAAAAACACCUGGGUCCAGCGCAAAAAAAGCCAAGAAGCCAAGGAGGAAGCCACCUACAGCCUCGCAUAACAAUCUUCAGGACGCUUUUCCUGGCUCGUCGCUCCCGUCCUACUCUCUCAAAGAAUUGCAAGCCUUUGUGGGUCCUUCGCCUUCGAAGAAAAAGACCUCCGCGUCCACUAUACCUUCUACUCAGAUCGAAGUGCCCGCCACACAAACCGAGUCGCAGCUGAACACUGCGCCUUCCACAACUCCUUUGACAACAAGCCAAGCAGCUACUACCAGCUCAUCGAAGAAGAAGAAAUCGGGGAAAGGCAAGGAGAACACGCAAGCUCAGACCAACCUACACAACGAUAUGCAGGAGGAGAAAACACAGCCAGACGUAGGCUCGCCGUCCGCAGGCGUGAAGGCGCGAAAUCCACGCAGGAAGAGGCAGGCUUUGAAUAGCCAGGCUGAGCUUGCAGACACACUGAUCGAGCAAGACACCAUACCAGCCACUCCGUACGAAAAGACGACCGAAGAACCCAUCGCUCCGCCAUCAAACCCAAUCGAAGGUCAAACGAGCCAGAAGCGGCGCAGAAAAAACAAGCCGCACAGCUCGGUGAACAGUCCUGAUUUCGACAGCAAUAAAAUCGUCGAAACGUCCAUAGCCGAACAGGAAGAGGCGCCAGGUGCGACAGCGGAAGGUAGUCGCGACCAUGUCGGCGCUUCAAACGCUGAAGAACAACCGUUGAUUCCUAUGGCAUUACUCGACAAUUUGAAAGCCGAAAGAUUGCAGUCUUCGCCAGCGGGUUCGGCGUUGAGGAAAACUCAAAAGCUACCUGAAAACAAAUCAGAUGCAGAGGCAGAGGCAGAUCUCCCAGAUGCUGUGGAAACAACUACUCCAAUCAAAACUCCCGGUACCGCACAGAGCACAAAAAAGAGAAAAAGGUCGAGAAAAGACAAGCAGGCUCCUAAAACGCCAUUGCUUGACUGGGACCCUCCAGUUCGGAGCCUUGAUGACCCCCCCACACAGCCUUUCAAUUACGAGGACAUGGACGAGCUCGAGCUGCUCCCAGAAAACGACAACCAGAGUGACAGCAAGACGGCAUCAUGCGGCUCACGCCGCAAGAGGAAGUCGACAAAUAGCAAGAAAGCCUCUCGACCCAGUGUUGGGGGUCUUGCUAGGACGCCCAGUCACAGGAGCUCAAGGAGCAGAGCUGACCCCAACCGCAAUUACCAGCGUGAUCACGAUGACGAUGGACGAACAGCCGCCGAGAUAGCUCUUGAUAGCUCGCAUGAGCUAGGACAACCGCCUGACAAACGCACGAGCGGAGAGUACACGGCUGACGAGAAGGAGCUUCUCCGCAGAGCCAUCAGGGACUACCAAGAGCGAAAUGGCCUUGAAGUUGCGGACCUCGUCGAGAUUAUUCAGUGGACUCAUGUCCGUAGGAAGGAGAUGGGGUCCAACACGACGGAUCAAACCGAGGAGCAAUACAAACGGGACAGCUCUGUAUUCUGGGAUGACGUCGGUAGCGCUGGACUGAUGCGCCAAAGUUCAGACAUCAAGAGGCAUGUUCGUGCGCGGUACCACACUUGUCGACGCGGGCACUGGUCACAGGAGGAGGACGAGAUUUUGAGAGAACUUGCCGACAGCCACCCUGGCCAGUGGAAACUCGUCGCAACACAGCUUAAUCGGCUCGAGUUGGAUGUCUACAAUCGCUGGAAGGACUAUGUGCGGCACGGUGAGAGCAGGAUGACGAAACGUUGGAGCAAGGAUGAAGAGGAGAAGUUUGUCAAGGUUCUGUCCACUGUGUGUCAAAGAGUCGAGGAUCACCUGGCAGAAACCGGAAAGCCGCCUCUCGACGACUACACGCCCGUCAUCAACUGGCACGAAGUCUGUAGGGAGAUGGGUGACACUCGCAGUCGCUUGCAAUGCCAAUCGAAAUGGAAGCAGAUGAGAGCUCGAGAGCCGCCAGCUACUGUAGGUGUCGAGAUCAAGCCGAGAAAGACGCCGGAACCAGGCCAGGUGGGGGUGGAGGAACCGCAGAAGAAGCGUGACAAAUCAAGGGCAAAGAAAGAAGGCGAGUCAGCCGGCGCAAUUGCAGAAGCAAGUCCACUCGGACCGGAAGACAUGCUUUGGGGCGACAAGUUCGAUCUCGUGGGCCAUGUUGUCGAGCAGGUGGUUGCGGAUGGAUGCGAAACGGAGAGUCAGAUUGUCUGGCAGGAUAUCGCCGAGCAGAUGAAGCAGACAUGGUCUGUACGCACCUUGCAAAAGGCUUACAAGGAACUGCGGGAGCUUGUUGACGAACAAGAAGAUCUGACGGCAUCUCUUGGCGCUCUCCUUGCCUACAUGAAUGAGAACCACAAGUCUGAGAUGGACGACCGAUACAUCCCUCUGCCCGAGCUAGACGCAGGUGGAGAGGAUGCGCCCGUCUCCCACUCUAGCCAGAAGAGAAAGAGAAUGAGUGGCGUGGGUUCUGGCAAAUCUACAGCGAAGCGGAACAAGAAGGGUACACCGAGUACUACGAAGGCGUACAAGUCGAAGGAGUUGAUUACUGACAGUGACAACGCGGAGAGCGAGGUAGAGGGGUGA